UGCUUUCCACGUGAUAGAACGAGUGAAGGCCCACAGAGGUUUCAUUCAAUGAAAUAAUAAUAUGAUCGGACUACUUACUGACCGUUCACAUGUCCUGGGGAACUCAGAUUUUCUUGUCCCUGUGUUUACUGAUACGUCUAAUUUCGGUCUACGCUGAGCGGAUUUUUCUGUAAAGGCGUCCAUCAGUGUCUAUGCAUCUUGUAUGUCGUUCAUUGUGAUGGAAAUGUCGAUGUAUCUUGCAUAUAGACUUCAGGUUUUAUGGUGACCGAAUCCACCAUCUACUUGGCAGGAUAAUUCGCCUUCGUGGGCGUUAAAUGGUGCUUCUUUUGUGCAUGUUUGGUGAGGUUGCUUGCGAACAGUACUACAUGUGAUCGAGCAUUAUGUUUAUGGUGGCAUCUACUGUCACCUUAGUAAAACAAGCUAUCGACGUCCACUAAUGCGAUUCUUCGGCUGUUUUUUUAAAGUUUUCAAGAUGUCUGUGAAUUCCCCUGCUGAUCUUAGUUCAUCGGUCUUGAAUGACGUCCCGACUGUCUCCAAUGCAGCAAGUGCCGUUAACUGUUCAAACAGCGGAGCUGAAAUGGAUCGUGAUAAUGACGAGAGAAAUGUGCACGAUCCACUAAGCGACCCUUUGGCAGAAGAUAGUGUGGAGAUACUACCAGAGUUUGAAAUCAAAGAGGAACCAUAUGAUUUUUAUGAAGACAACAUUACAGAUACAGGGAGUCCAUGUUGGAUAUCCGAUGGUGUCACUCUCAUCGGCGAAAAUGACGACGACAUCGAGCUCGAGGAUGGGAUCCAAUUGGAAGACAACAGCGACCCCUUUGACUACAUCGAGAAACUCAACAAUUCUCAUGAAGACAUUAUGGAUGUCUCACCCAUUCAGAAGUACCCAAACAAAGGCAGGAAAUGGAAGCAAAAGCCUUACGGGUACACGAGAAAGAUUCUCAAGAACUUUGUCCCCUACGAAGUAGAUGUUGACGAUGACAUGGAUGACGGGCUGAUGGUAACGGUCGAGAAUGCAGCAGCCUUCAAAGAUGACCUGGAAGAAUUUGGCUGGAGACACAAAAGAAUGACCGACGCAGAUUUGGCCAGGCGUAGGAGGGAGUUUGAGACCCAUUUGAUGCGAUGCAAAGUCAACAUCAAGGUGAUGCAGGCACGCCUGGAUGAGGAACGAGGGAAGAUGCUGAGGAUCCAGAAUUCUCUGAUGAACAUCAGGAGGAGGCAAAAGCGACACGAGAUGAAGAGGAUGCAGUAUGGAGGUAGCGUAUCCGAAGUCAUGGAUGACCCAGCUGUUGGCAUCAGGUAUUCAAAACUGGGCUCCGAGGGGAAGAAUUCCCUCGCCUUAAAUAUCGAGGAUGGUGAGGGGAAGAAAGAAUCCUUGGUGGCCAUGAAAAUGAGGAUGGCUCGGUUGCGGGAAAUCAAGGCGAAAAAGGCUCUCGAGCAGAAGAGGUCUGGGGUUGUCGACUACCAAAAAGAACUGGAGAAUAAGCUGAGGAUGGCCAGGCUGAGAGAGAUCAAAGCCCAGAAGGCUUUAGAGAGGAAGCUGAAUCUUGAACCUGAACCAGGUAGGGCCAAACUGAAACCACUCAAAAUACCAAAGCCGGAGGAGUGCAUCAACGGCGAAGAUUAUGAGAAGGUGCUGGAGGCCAAGUUGAGGAUGGCCAGGCUUCGUGAAAUAAAGGCGAUGAAAGCUCUCGAGCGGGUUAACAACGAGGACAGCGAUAAAACGGACGAGUUUAAGAUCAAGAAGACAAAGGUGAAGAGGCUAAAAAUGAAAAUCAAGACCCACAAGCCUUACGACGAGUUGGAAAUGAAGGCUAAGAUGGCAAAGCUCCGAGAAAUAAAAGCCCAGAAAGCUUUGGAGAGAAAGAAACUGGAAGAAUCAGGUGAAGUGCCAAUCAAAGAUAAGAUGGAAAAGAAGAGGAUUUUGGUAAAGAAAAGAAAACUGGAGGUUGACAGGGGCUUAGAAGCUCCUUCCACGUCAAACGGAGGCGAACCCAGAGAAGACAUACCCCAUGUAAAUAUAAAGGCUGAGGAAAAAGAGGCAAAACCAGAGGUUCACAUUGCCACAUCACACAUGCUGUGGAAUGUCUUGAGUCGCAUCAAGAUGGAGCCAUACCAGGAGAGCGCUUCUGCAACCACUCCUGACAGCACCAUGACUAAUUAUUUCUCCAAUCAGGGUAAGAAUAAUCCAACUCCUUCAGAUAUUCCAAAGCUGGUGAAAGAAUUCAUGUGUCGUGAUGACGUCUCUAAAAUCAGCACAACUUCUCCAUAUGCCAUGUCAAAUUCCACGACUGCGGUACGACACCGAAUGCACUACCUGCCAAUCCUCCACAAGCAAUUUGAAGCGGAGAAUGGCAACGUAUGUUCGUACGCUUCGUUUUGUAGUUACGUGCCUCAGAAUGUUAAGAAACCUCACGCUUGGCAGUGGAAAUUCUGCCCCUGCUUGCCCUGUAUCAAUCCCGAACUGAAAUUUGAGAAGAUGAUAUCCGAAGGUAUACUGAAAAUGGACGGCAUCGAACUCGGGGACAUUCUGCAUGACGACGCUAAAGAAAACAUGCUCAUGGUACAGCUCAGAGAGUUGAGGGACAGUCGUCAGUUUUUCACUUACGAUGCGUGGGAGAGAAACUCGAGCGGAACAAUUAAUGCCAAACGACGGACUGCAAGCGAGCCCAUUACUGCUGUGGUUACAAAGUUCUUGGAGGAAUUAAGCAUGCUGAAGUCUCAUAUCCAGAGGUCAUUUUAUCAGUACCAUGCAGCCAAGUUGGCGCGAGAUCGCGGCCUGCACUGUGCCGACGAAGUUACCUUACACAUAGAGUGUUCCCCUCUCUCCUUGUAUCGCAGUCCUGGAACAGACUCCGGUCCUUCGGAACCUGCAGCGGUAUUUACGUUUCUCACAGGGUAUCUUUGGAGUCAGAAUUGUGAGCAAGCUCUCGCAGCAGUCUCUGAAAAUAAGGACUAUUCAACGUCGGGUAUCUGGGCAGGGCUAGAGAAGAUACUACUUAGUAUAGUCAAGGCUGGUAAGAAGAAAAUCAACAUCAUUUCAGAUAGUCCUACAAACAAGUACCGUAACAAGAGCAACUUCUACUACAUGAGCGACUUUGCUCGAAUGUAUGGCGUGUGUUUCCGGUGGAUAUUUCUGGAGCUCAGUCAUCAGCUGGGAAAUGCAGAUCUCAUCAGGUUCGAAAUUGAACGCACCAUUAAGGAAGAGUUGGCCGAAAAUCCAGAUAUGUCGUUGGCUAAGAGUGAAAUACAAAAGCUAGUUCAGUCUCGUACUUCCAUCAUUCUCGAUUCAUAUUCACACGAAGAUGUGCUGAAGUACAAGUUGAAUUUACCAAAGUUAAAAGUAGUGCAAGGCACCCAGAAGUUCGACGAGGUGAUAAUUAUGCCUGAAGACUUCUGGGUAAGAGAUGUCAUAGGAUUCGACACCUUCAAAAAGCUGCCGUUUUGAGGGAAAUACUUUGUCAGUGACACGUCAACAGAUUGGAUGGAAUUUGCAUAGAGUUUUGCAUGUGACUAUUACAUAACUCUAUGCAAAUUCCUGUUCCUUUACUUUUGCUCAAAUUCAGUUGUGUGUGAAUGUAUUGCAAGCAACAGUAAGUUAAGAUGAAAGUGACUGUGGGUAGUAAGCCAAAAAUACAAAAGUGACAUAGUAGAUAUUAGUGGAUGAGAAUGUGGUGAUUCGAAAUUGAGCAAAUUAAUAUGCAAGUCACUCUGUGAGUGAAAGCGUAAUUUAAGGACAUAACAUUAAACUUUUGGAAUACGGUAGUUAAGUCGUUAUAGCUACAUUAUUUGUGUAGGUUAUUGUCUGGGGUUUGACAUAACCCCUCUAUUUCAACCUCAUUUUAGAAUCCUUAAGUUGUGGUUAUUUCAUACUCUGUCACUAAGUGCUGUUGGUUACAGCAGACUUAAAUUUCCAGAAUUUCCAGAUGGUAUUUUAGUUGGACGAUAGGACCGUGUACAAAUUAAACCGUAACUUGUGCACCAUAAAAUGGUGAAUUGUAGCAGCUGCCAACCAAUGUAUGUUGUCUUUGUUUCUGUAACUUAUUCCACUUUUAUAUUGGAACUGUACGAUAGUAUCUUUUGUGCUAGAAAAUUAUUUUAGGUAACUGUAAAUAUUUUUGAAGAAAAAAGAAUUAUAUUUUGUACUAUU